AUGGUACCAUGGGUACGGCGUUUUUUGCGUGAAGCAAAUUUGAUGAGUCCAAAAAACGCUUUUAAUAUAGAAAAAAGGGUAAAAUUAGAGACUGCAAAUUAUAAACUUCAAGACUAUUGGGAAACUAUCAUCUUAGAAAAGAAACAGAUAUCAGUAAAGCGUAAACAUCUUGCAGGAGGCUUGGAUUUACUUUAUGCAUCUGAGAAAAGUAACGCCCAACAUAUACUCUCAGAUGAAAAGAAGGAUCAGACUCCUAUUGGUCAUGAGUCUGGACCUACUUUUACGAAUUAUGAUGAUGAAUCUGAUGAAAGUAAUGUGGAGUGUGAGUUAAGGCUAAAUGUAGACGAAAUCGGGUUCGACGAAUAUAUUGAACAAGGAAAUAAAUAUGACACACUUGAGAACUUGAGAAUGCACGUUAAAUCAAAUUUUGUUAGGAAAGAAAAGGUGUCAAGAGACAUAAAAUCUAGCCUGCAAGAGUAUAUUGAAACUGCUCUUGACGGUGAUGAUGGUGGAUUAUAUAAACUCCGCGAAACAAUUGUAAGCUCUUUUUCGAAAACAUUUGAUUUGACAACAGAUGGAAUUUUUUUGACGAAUGCAGUUUAUAUUUCAAUAUUU